AUGUGGAACAAUUAUAAGAGAUUAUUUAAUGGUUUUAGGGUAAAUACAAUUAUUUGUGUAGCUUACAAAAGCCAUUAUGAAGCUCUGAAUAUCUCUAAAUCUGCUACACAUAAAGAAAUAAAAGAUGCUUAUUAUCGACUAUCAAUGAUAUAUCACCCAGAUAAAAAUAAAGGAAGUGAAGAAGCUGCAAAAAUUUUCCGUGAUAUAACUUCAGCAUAUGAAAUAUUGGGAAAUGUCCGUCAAAGAAAAUUAUAUGAUAGUGGAGCUAACAUAAAUCAAAAUUCUUCUCAAUUUACUACUAAACAACAACCUUUUGAAACAAUGUAUACAAAAAAAGAUAUUUAUAAAACCAAUGCCCAUAGCAGAGACUAUAAUUUUGAGCAGUGGUCUAAGGCUCAUUAUACAAAUGUAUUUAGGCGACACUAUGAAACUCGAGAAAAACAUAAAAGAAAUAGAAUGAAUAGUGAAUAUGCAGCACGGCAAAAUUCAUAUAAUUUAUUGACAGUUAUGGUUUUUGCAAGUAUUUUUAUUUUAAUUUCAAUGUUUGAACAUGUGAAACAAAUACUAAUUGAACGCAAGAGAAUAAAAAGAAUUUCUGACAAAAAUAUACAAGAUGAUUAA